AGAAAUUGGCUGGAUCCGUUUAAGCUCGCUGGGCCAUGUCUUCUGAAUUGAAGCUCUCAGCCUCUGGUGGUGGCCAAGCACUCCUUUGCUUCGCUGUUCAACUCUCACCCUCUUCUUCAUCCGCUUCUCCGCUUCAGUUUUUCACUUCACGAUAGCCAUGGUUGAGGGUUUUGAAACGACGACCAGAACGGGAUCUGGGGUUUUGAUGUAGCCGAAUUGAUGAGACUUGUUUGAAGAUUUCAUGUCUGCUCGUGUUUCUCUGACUCGAUCCAUGUCCUUCUUCUGAUCCGGGAAUUUGUUUGCUUCCCAACGAGCUCCUGCAUCUUUUUUUAGGAGGCAUUGUGGACGGGGAGUUCUGAGUUUGAGCUGUUUUGUGUUCCCGAUCUGAGUGAUCUUUGAACAGUUAGGGCGGUCGGUGGGAGGCUUGAUUUUGACAGAAAGGGUGCUUGUGAUUGCUUAUGCUGGAGAAAGAUGUCGCUUAAAAGCUUUGUUAGAGAGCUGCGAGAGAUGAAAGAUGGAAUUGGGAGCAUUUCUAAGCGAGGAGAAGAAGGAAGUAGGCAUUGGCGAAACCGGACAAUGUCACAUAUUGCACCAGAUCAAGAACCUUCUCCAUUGGAGUUAAUUCAGCAAGGUCGAUGGGCAAACUUGCCCCCUGAAUUACUUUUAGAUAUCAUCCGGAGAGUGGAAGAGAGUGAAACUUCAUGGCCUGCUCGAGCUGUAGUUGUUUUUUGUGCUUCAGUUUGUAGGUCUUGGAGGGCCAUUACAAAGGAGAUUAUCAGAACUCCUGAGCAAUGUGGAAGGCUCACAUUUCCAAUCUCAUUAAAGCAGCCUGGCCCUCGAGAGUCUCCAUUUCAGUGCUUCAUCAGAAGGGAUAGAGCAACUUCGACCUACCUCCUGUACUUUGGUUUGGUUCCUUCGGAGGACGAAAAGGAUAAAUUGUUGUUAGCAGCCAAGAGGGUCAGAAGAGCAGCUGGUACUGACUUUAUCAUAUCUUUAGCAGCUGAUGACUUUUCUCGAGCGAGUAGCACCUAUGUUGGUAAAUUAAGGUCUAAUUUCCUGGGUACAAAGUUCUCGAUUUAUGACAGCCAGCCUCCUUGUGACCCUGCAGCUCGGCAAAAUAGCCGGUCAAGCCGUAGAUUUCGCUCUAAGCAAGUCUCUCCCAGGGUACCUGCAUGUAACUACAGUGUAGGUACAAUUUCUUAUGAACUUAAUGUUCUUCGUACUAGAGGUCCUCGGAGGAUGCAGUGCAUCAUGCAAACAAUUCCAGUCUCUUCAAUUCAGGAGGGAGGCACUGCCCCAACACCUACAUCAUUCACAUACUCUAUCGACGACCAUCUUUCUUCCAUAUUUGAUUCUAUGAGAAAGGAUUCAGCCAAGGACUUUGGCUCAAAGAUCCAAUCAGAACCAGCAGUUCGGUGCUUGGAUGAAUCCUUGGUACUUAAAAACAAGGCACCGAGAUGGCACGAGCAGCUGCAGUGCUGGUGUCUAAAUUUCAGAGGACGUGUGACUGUGGCAUCAGUUAAGAACUUCCAACUCGUUGCAGCUGUUGAUCAAUCUCACAAUGUUUCAGUUGAAGAGCAAGAGAAGGUAAUUCUUCAGUUUGGAAAAAUUGGAAAAGACAUCUUCACCAUGGAUUACCAUUAUCCGCUCUCUGCGUUCCAAGCCUUUGCAAUCUGCUUGAGCAGCUUCGACACGAAGCCAGCCUGCGAAUGACAUCCUGUCAUGAAUAGCGGUCAUCAUCAGAAGGUAAGAAAAUGCUUGAGCUUGUGGAAAAAGAUACUACACAAGCAGCAUUAUUGACAGCUGAGAAGAUGGCUAUGCGAUUGAUAUUGUCACUGAGAGUUGUUAAUCUGAGGUUUGACUUGUAUUUUGUAUCAUCACCUUAGCUAUAAUGCGCAUACAUUAUUCUAAAUGUCAAUCCGUUGUAUUAUCUAUGUAGAUUUCUUCAUGGUUACUUCCUCGUAUGAUGAGACAUUCUGAUUGGUAAUGGUUUAACAUUAAUGUAUGGUGGAUUGUCCCUCA